AUGGGUCAGAAGCGGCACCGGGAUCCAAAGGGCCCCGGAUUUCAGUCCAAGAAGAGGAAGAGAAGCGCCAAUGCUGACAAAGCUGCUGGCGAGGAUGCUGACUGGGAGGGAAUCGUUGGAAUAGAAGAUCUCAACUGGAAGGAGGUGGCUCUUCCUGACCGACUCGAAGAUGCCGGUGGAUUUUUUGGAUUAGAGGAAAUUGAUGGGGUGGAUAUCGUUCGGCCGGAGGGAGGCGGAGAGAUUCGUUUCAAGGCUUCAGCAGGGAAAUCCAAGAAAUCCAUUCUAAAGAAAAAGGCGCCGGAGGAGGAAGAUAACCAGUUUAGCGAAGAGUGGUCAGGCUUCAGUGAUGGCGAAAGUGCAGCGCAGGAAGAGCCUAUAACAAAAAAAACCGUAGAAACCAAGGCAGAAUCCGGAGAGACCGACAAGGAGACAACGGUGGAAAAUCAGUAUACAAAGAAGGAGGGAAAGAAAAACGAAAAGAAGAAUGCAAAGAAGGAGCAAAAAACCAAGGCCUCGAACCAGCAGGAUAAAGACAUAAAACCUGGGUUGUCGUUCGCAGCUCUACAGGACGAGGAAGAGGACGAUGGCGUGGACGUGUCCGCUUGGGACUCUCUGAGCUUGUCUCCCGAGACCCUUGCUAGCAUUUCGAAGCUAAAAUUCACCACUCCUACAUCAGUCCAAAAGUCCUGUAUACCUUCGAUUCUGGAAGGCCAUGAUGUCAUCGGUAAAGCCUCAACGGGUUCUGGGAAAACAUUGGCCUUCGGGAUUCCGAUUCUUGAAUACUACUUGGAACAAAAACGGAAGGAUACUCAAACAGAAUCAGACAAGAAAGAGGUCUCCCCGAUUGCGCUCAUUUUAUCCCCUACUCGAGAGUUGGCACACCAACUGAUGAAGCAUAUCGGAGAGUUGAUCACGCAUGCUCCAGGGGUCAAUGUCCGAAUUGCGCUUCUGACUGGUGGCCUAUCAGUACAGAAACAGCAAAGACUAUUAGCUGGAGCAGAUAUAGUUGUCGGGACUCCGGGUCGAGUGUGGGAGGUCCUCAGCUCAGGACAGGGCCUGAUCCAAAAGAUGCAGGGUAUCAAGUUUCUUGUUGUUGACGAGGCUGAUAGACUGCUGAGCGAAGGGCACUUUAAGGAGGCCCACGAGAUAUUGGGCGCUCUGGAUCGUGUGGAGGAAACUGACUUCCAUUGUGAGGAGAAUGAUGAUAGAACUGAGGAGGAAGACACGAAGUGGCAAAGACAAACCCUGGUCUUCUCGGCCACGUUCCACCGCGAUCUACAGCAAAAACUGGCAGGCAAGAGCCGAUGGACUGGCGGUGAUUUGAUGAACAAACAAGAGUCGAUGGAAUAUCUACUCAAAAAGUUGAAAUUUAGGGAAGAUAAGCCGAAAUUUAUUGAUGUGAACCCGGUGUCGCAAAUGGCAGAAGGUCUCAAGGAAGGAAUUGUCGAGUGUGCUGCUAUGGAAAAGGACCUCUUUCUCUACACUCUACUUCUCUAUCACCCUAAACACCGCACUCUGGUUUUUACAAACUCCAUCUCGGCUGUCCGCCGUCUAACUAAGCUACUCCAAAUAUUGCAACUUCCUGCCCUUGCUCUACAUUCUUCUAUGGCGCAGAAGGCUCGGCUUCGUUCGGUCGAGCGGUUUUCCUCGCCAUCUUCCAAUCCCAGCACUAUUCUUGUAGCAACCGACGUUGCGGCGCGUGGACUCGACAUCAAGGGCAUUGACUUCGUCGUUCAUUACCAUGUUCCACGUACUGCAGACACUUAUGUUCACCGAUCAGGACGCACAGCCCGUGCCGGAGCGUCAGGAAAGAGCGUUAUCAUCUGUGGCCCUGAGGAGAUGGUCGGGGUGGUGCGUUUGGCCGCAAAGGUACAUGCUAACAUGGCCAACCGUAAACGACUGCCACUGGAAUCCCUCGAGCUGGACCGUCGCGUUGUCUCCCGCAUCCGACAGAGAGUGACCCUUGCCAGUCGCAUCACCGACUCGAACAUUGCCAAGGAGAAGGUCUCGGCCGAGGACAACUGGCUAAGGAACGCGGCAGAGGACCUCGGCGUCGAUUACGACAGCGAGGAGUUUGAUGAGUGCCAGGGUCGAGGUCGGGGCCGCGGUCGUGGCCGUCAGCAGAAGGAGCGACAGGCUGGGAGUGUCACUAAAGCGGAGCUGGCCGGGAUGCGUGCCGAACUGAAGCAGCUGCUUUCCCAGCGGGUCAAUGUGGGUGUGAGUGAGCGGUAUUUGACGGCCGGACGAGUGGAUAUAGAAACAUUACUGCGCGGAGAGGGCAACAACUCGUUCCUUGGACAGGUGGACCCGUUGGAAUUCUAG